AUGGGUCGCAAGCCCAACCAGCUCAUCCUCGAGUUCUUCAUCCGAGGGCCCAAGCUCGAGGACUCCAGCAAUCGCUACCAGCACACCUGCAAGGCCUGUGGCGAAAAGUUCCCCAAGGGUCGCAUUGACAGCCUCACCAAUCACCUCGUCAAGAAAUGUCAGGCCAUCCCGCUACGCGACCGCCAGCGCGUGCUUCUGCGCCUCCACGAACUCCCCGACCUCACUGAAGGCGAUGCAAGCAAGGACCCGAGCGCGGCCGGGGCUAAGGGGAAAGCGGGCGAUGGCUCGUUUCCGAAUCGCCCGAACUUCGACGGCCUCAACGUCCUGGCGGAGGCGUCCCGCCAGGUGGGUGCGUCAGACACCACAAAGCGAGGCCCCGCGUACACACAGUCGGUGACCGCUGGUGGGAAGACCGUCGUCGUGGACCCGGCUCUUGAGGCAGAGUUUACUGUUCAGGGAUCUCAGCACGGCGAUGAGAAGCAGGAAGACGGCGCAAAUGCUCAGGGAACCCCUCAGGCCUCGAGCACCCCGACCAUUCCUGCUCUCCCGAGCCACACCUCCGACCACCAUACCUCCAUGUCCCCUCCUCUUGGCGAUGGUUCUUUGACGCCCGAGCCGACCUCCAAUGCGCGCCAGUCGCAGUUGUCCAUGAUCGCUGCCUCUGCCAAUGAGAUGGUGCCACAAGGGCUGACAAUGGACGGCGAGCUCGGUGCUGAUGGAUUGAAGAUGAGCCAGUGGAACCAGCAGCUUUCCACGCACGAACAACUCCUGUUUGAUAGCUUGCAAGAGCAUGACCCGUCGUUGACAGCCGCCACGCAGCGGGCGGCCUCCUUUCCGCGCCCGAUUGCUAUGAACCCCAACACGCAAGCGAAGGGCUUCGUGAACGAAUUUGGCAACUCGACCAAGCCGGCCAAGCCCAAGGUGCGCGGGCGCUUCACCCCCGAGCGACGCCGUGAGGUCCAGGAGGUUCGGAAGCGCGGCGCGUGUAUCCGUUGUCGAAUGUUGAAAAAGCCGUGCUCUGGUGAUACUCCUUGUACGACUUGCGCCAGUGUUGAGAGCGCUCGUCUCUGGAAGCACCCUUGUAUCCGGACUCGUUUGUCUGAGGAGUUCGAAUUGUAUAAUGCCAAUCUGCACGCCACAUUGGCUUACCACGACACCAACGCAAUCCGAAAUCAAAUUAAGUUUGAGCACUAUGCUGGUCGCAUUGAGGUGACCCAUAUGGAGGAGAGCAUGGUCUACGUGACUAUCAGCGGUCUCCAAGGCCACCGUGCUUCCGUCUCCGCGCUUGACCCCCAGCUCCAAGGUUUGGGCGAUGACCAGUUCUCCGGUCCCCCGCAAGAAAUCUACCUCCUCGAUAGCGAUGCCGAUGACAUCCCAACAAAGCUGGAGCUUUAUAUCAAGAAAACCGGUGCAUUCUUCAUCGAGCGCGAGACAUCUCCCUUCAUGAAGCCUACACUGCAGCUGGCCUCGGAGCUCAGCCAGACGAAGAAAGACACUCUCCUCGAGCGCGCUGUGGACCUCUGGGUUGCCACUCACAUCUUGGUCGACACUGAACUCAACUGGAAGACUUUCUGCAACCCGACCCUUCCCCCAACUUCCAUGCACUCCCUCUCCCAGCCCUCCGACGAGGGCCGUCUUCCUAUCGACGAAGUCACUGAUCACGAGUCCUACAACCUGCUCGGCAGCCAACUGCGUGCUGCUAUGGAAAAACGCGCCAUGCAGCUUAGCAAAUCUGUGAUUAAUGAUCUGGAGCGCCGACUGCUGCAGCGCCAAAAGACCGGCUGGUUUGAGACAUUCCUCGUCGCCAUCGUCCUGCUCAACUGCGUCGAGCGCACCUGCUGGCUCUUCCGCUCCUGGGACAACGAGAGCUUCGCCCAGCGCUGGCCCCUGGACAAGCGGCCCCCCUACUACUUCAACCAGUCUGAACGCUUCGCCGACAUUUUGCACAUGCUCCUGCGCAUGCGCAGCCUGCCUCCCAAGACCACCAUUCGCCCGGAUAACGGCACCCUCAAGGCCGUUGACGGCAGCGACGAGAAUGCUAUGCGUUGGUUCGACAUGAUCCAGGUCUCCCCCUUCUACCUGGAAGAGCGCGCCAACGCCCUCUUCGACCCCACCGACUCGCGCUCUCUAGACCUCUGCCAUAGCGCUCGUCUCCUGCAGCCUUCCGCUGCCUAG